UGAUUUCACCGAUUUAUGGUAAAUGAACAAUUUUGACUUCACGUUUGUUCUUAAGUACCAAUUUUGUCUUUUCGGUAGUAUACCUUCUGUACAAACAACUGUGUGCAAUUUGACAGCAAGCAGUUGAACCAGCAGAGAAUUCUCUAAGUUUCAUAAAACCGACAACGUUGCUGAGUUCAAAUUUUAUCUUGUAUUCAAUUUGAGAAAUUGAGAAAUUCAAAACAAAUGUUCUAUAAAACAUACCCAAUUUGUGGAACUGGGUUUGUUUUUACUUAAUUCUGUUUGUAUUUACUAUAUCAUCCAAGCGGUUGAAUUUUAUCAAGGUGACUAUUGACCGUACUUUUUGAUAACCGCAAUAAUAACAGUCCAGUGUGUGACACGAGAUGUAAUUUUUUUGUCAGAUGAAAUUAUGCUGAGUUUUAUAAAUGCACGUUUACCAAAUCGAAUUGUACAAGGUUUAACUGCAGCGUUUUUUCGAGUGUCUGCACUAAAAAACAACGGUCUUCGAGGCACACACAGCGAUCAGUUUAGUGUCAAAUUGAAUAAAAUGAAGAUCACCAUCCUACCAGCCCUUUCAGAUAAUUAUAUGUACCUUAUUACAGAUGAACAGACAAAGCAGGCAGCAAUUGUAGAUCCUGUUGAACCUGAUACAGUAUUGAAUGCUGUGAAAGAGGAAGGUGUAAACCUCACUAAGGUCUUAACCACACAUCACCACUGGGACCAUGCUGGAGGAAAUGAAGAACUGGUGAAAAAGUCCUCAACUGCUCUGCAAGUCUUUGGUGGUGACAAACGUAUUGGCGCACUGACAAAUGAAGUGAAGCAUGGAGACAAGUUCUCCAUUGGAGAGAUUAACGUUGAGUGUUUAUAUACUCCAUGCCAUACAUCAGGUCAUGUCUGUUACUACUUGACUGCUCCUGGACAAACACCUGCUGUUUUUACAGGUGAUACCCUUUUCAUAGCUGGUUGCGGUAAGUUUUUCGAGGGAACUGCCGAGCAAAUGUAUUCCGCGCUGGUUGAGAAGCUAGGUGGAUUACCUGAUAACACUAGAGUCUUCUGUGGACAUGAAUAUACACUGCAAAACCUGAAAUUCGCUAGGCAUGUGGAAAAGGACAACCAGGAGAUUCUGAAGAAAAUUGAACAUGCGAACGAGUUGCGAAAUAAAAACCUCCCAACUGUACCAUCAACAAUAGGCGAUGAGAAGAAGUACAACCCGUUCAUGCGUGUGAUGAUGGGUGAAGUGCAAAGUCAUGCGAGUUGCAGUGAUCCAAUCGCUACCAUGCAGUCUAUACGAAAGGAAAAGGAUAAUUUCAGAGCAUAGUUAUAUCUUUGAUUGGAUGUACCAUUUACUAACCUGGUGAUAUUGUAUAUUUGUUAAUGUUUUAUAUCUAAGUAAAUUAAAAGUCAAUUCGAAUAUAAGACUGUUUUAUUCAUACCUAUAUACCAAUGCAACAAAUGUUUACCUAGGAUGUCCAACCAACAUUUGUGGAAUAAUAACAUGAUUGUUUACAAUAUCGGAAUGUAUAAAUAUGGGAGUUAUAUAAAAUAAUAUUCUUCAAAUGCAUUUCAGCGGUUUAUACAGGUGACUAGUCUUCGACUAAAAUUUUAACAUGUUCGCGUCGUAGCCGAUUUCCGAUGUGUUAAAACAGCCGUAAUAUUUUUUUGUGUAACGUGUGAAUAUUUUUGUAAUUGUGAUCAAUAAUCUUAUAUGUACAUAAUUGUUUUAUGUUUUUUGUCUUUUUUUUUUAUUGUUUUUAGUCAUGUACCACCGAUGGUACACGACGGCUGUGAUAUAUAUUUAUUGUUCAGGGAGUUCGUGUACCACCGGGGUACAUGACUAAAAAUAAUAUAAAACAAGAGUAAAAACAUGAAAUAUGUAUAUAAAAGAAUAUUGAUCACAAAUGAAAAAUCUACACUUAAAAUAGCAAAUUGAAGGUAAUGCUAGAAACUAUAGAAAACGGUGUACUUCCGGUCACGACAAAUUACUUUAAGAAAGAGGGUCAAAAGGAGCAUGUG